AUGUCUUUGAGCAACACAUCAACAACAAUGUUCCGCCGCGCUCUGCUCAGCAGUCGCCUGGCCGCUCCCGCCGAGUGCUCUGCCCGAACAAUCAGACCGGUGCUCGCAUCCUACAGACAGGUCUCCAGCUCAGCGAGACUCCCUACUCUCACAGCCUCCGAGACCCGUCGCCGACCAACAGUGCGACCAUUCCAGCAACCUGCCUCGCAGGGCGGCGUGAACGGACUUUCCCCGACCAGCAAGCGCACAAUCUUCAUCCAGACGGAAAACACCCCCAACCCCGACGCCCUUAAAUUCAUCCCUAACCACCGUGUUCUGCCCGAGGAUUUCCCCAGCACAUUCCUGGAAUAUCUGACUCCGCGCUCAACUCUCGCCCCACCCCACCCAUCUCCCCUCGCCGCUAAACUGCUCGAUGUCGAGGGUGUCACCUCUGUCUUCUAUGGAAUCGACUUCAUCACUGUGACGAAAGCGAGCGAUGCCAACUGGGCGCACAUCAAGCCCGAGGUCUUCAGCAUCAUCACGCAGGCCGUGACGUCGGGUGAGACCAUUGUGACCAGCAUCGAAGGUGCCACCGAUCUUGACCAGGAAAGUGGCGAGGACUCUCUCUCCUAUAACGAGGACGAUGACGAGGUUGUCAGCAUGAUCAAGGAGCUUCUCGAGACCAGAAUCCGUCCCGCCAUCCAGGAGGACGGUGGUGAUAUCGAUCUCAAGGGAUUCGAGAACGGUAUUGUUAUGCUGAAGUUGCGCGGUGCUUGCCGUACCUGUGACUCUAGCACUGUGACUCUGAAGAACGGUAUUGAGUCCAUGCUUAUGCACUAUAUCGAGGAAGUCAAGGGUGUUGAGCAGGUUAUGGACGAAGAGGAGAUUAUCUCCAUGCAUGAAUUCUCCAAGUUCGAGGAGAAGCUGCGCCAGCAGAAGGGUGCUGCUGCCACCGCUGGCGCGCCUCUGGACACUGUGCCAUAA